AAACAUACAUUAUAAACAUGCAAUGAAAUGCUUAAGAAACAUUGUAUACAUUUUUGCUUGGAUUAACGUGAAUUGUCAUACAGGAAUAGAUUAUGGGUUCCACUAUGCUUAGUGGGCAAUUGGCAGAUCGCCAUUGGUAGCCCUGAACUAUUGAUUGAAAAUUUCCAUUCCCAUAAUGGACACCAUACCCAUCAUGGGAUAAAUUUGUUGACUCACUACAAAGCAGUACAAAUUUUGUAUCAACCCUGGCAAUGGACAGAGUAAACCUUUCGCCUACAUUCAAACCGUUAGCUGAGCCCUCUGCUCACAACACCACCCUGCUGGUUGGCUGGAGGGUGGCGUGUUGUUAUGUGACGACGUCAGGAUAAGAGAGCAGCUCUCCGCUCACUCAGGCUGUGUGUUUUCGAGCGACUAUCUCAGCAGCCAAGUCUUCUCAGCCUGUCCUCCGGCCCGGGAAUACUAAUCAGCUGCGCACUUCGCGUCCUUUGUUGUCGACAGGGCCUGGCAGAGCGAGUGGCGUUGGCUUGUGAAGGGCAGGAGGGAUGAGGGCAGCCCGGGGCCUCGUGCUUCUGUUGGUGCUACUCGCAGUCGUCUGCCUCGCAGGGGCCAGGAAGGGCAGCGGCGGUAGCCGCACCGGCGGCAGCCGGUCUCGUGGUGGCUCCAGCCAUAGCGCAGGGAGCAACACCCAGAAGACCAAGCCUGGCUCCAGCUCCAGCUCCGGCUCCAGAACAGGCACGGGCGGCGGCGGCGGCAGCCAAACGGACUCGCACUACAAGCCGAAACCCGACACGUCCCGCACAUCUGGAUCCUCCAACCCAGGGGCGGCCAACCCACCUUCAAACCCGGCGUGGGCCCCCCCUGUCUUCCGUCCUAUCCCUAAAAACCCCGGGGCAGCUUCCAAACCUCUCGACAACAAGCCCGCCGGGUUCCCCUACCCGGCAGCCGGCGGCGCCGUGGCCGGCGGCGCCGUGGCCGGCGGUGCUGUGGCGGGCGGAGCUGUGAUGGGAGGGUCCAGUGCGGUUCACCCAGGCUCUGUCCCCAGAGUCGCGAGUCCCAAUGUCAAAGCGGAGCAGCCGGCCCCUGGAGUGGGCCAGGCUGCGCCAGGGUAUGGCCAGCCUGCUCAAGGUCAACCGGGUCAAGGAUUUGGCCAACCAGGUCAUGGUCAGCCAGGCUAUGGUCAGCCAGGCUAUGGUCAGCCUGCUCAAGGUCAACCAGGUCAAGGGUUUGGCCAGCCAGGUCGUGGUCAGCCAGGCUAUGGCCAGCCUGCUCAAGGUCAACCAGGUCAAGGGUUUGGCCAGCCAGGUCAUGGUCAGCCAGGCUAUGGUCAGCCAGGCUAUGGCCAGCCUGCUCAAGGUCAACCGAGUCAAGGGUUUGGCCAACCAGGUCAUGGUCAGCCAGGCUAUGGUCAGCCAGGCUAUGGCCAGCCUGCUCAAGGUCAACCAGGUCAAGGGUUUGGCCAGCCAGGUCAUGGUCAGCCAGGCUAUGGUCAGCCUGCUCAAGGUCAACCGGGUCAAGGGUUUGGCCAGCCAGGUCAUGGUCAGCCAGGCUAUGGUCAGCCAGGCUAUGGUCAGCCAGGCUAUGGCCAGCCUGCUCAAGGUCAACCGGGUCAAGGGUUUGGCCAGCCAGGACAUGGUCAACCAGGUCAUGGUCAGCCAGGCUAUGGUCAGCCAGGCUAUGGCCAGCCUGCUCAAGGUCAACCGGGUCAAGGGUUUGGCCAGCCAGGACAUGGUCAACCAGGUCAUGGUCAGCCAGGCUAUGGUCAGCCAGGCUAUGGCCAGCCUGCUCAAGGUCAACCGGGUCAAGGGUUUGGCCAGCCAGGACAUGGUCAACCAGGUCAAAUUCAACCUGGACAGCCAGGAUAUGGCCAAGGUGGUGUUCCUGGAUAUGGGCAAACUGGUCCAGGUUAUGCUCAUCCAGGUCUGAGGCCCGGCCAAUCAGGCCCAGGGUACGUCCCAGGCCAGGGUCAACCUGGACCCGGAUUUGGACAACCCAAUCCGGGCUAUGGUCAGCCUGGCUAUGGACAAUCUGGUCCAGGCUUUGCCCAGCCUGGCCUAAGGCAUGGACAGUCGGGUCCUGGAUAUGUUCCAGGCCAGGGACAACCAGGACAGGGGUAUGGACAGCCUGGAGGUGGGUAUGGGCAGCCUAGGCCAGGCUAUGCCCAACCGGGUCAACCGGGCUAUGGUCAGCCGGGCUAUGGUCAGCCGGGCUAUGGUCAGCCUGGCUACGGUCAGCCUGGCUAUGGUCAGCCGGGCUACGGUCAGCCGGGCUACGGUCAGCCGGGCUAUGGUCAGUCGGGUUAUGGUCAGCCGGGCUAUGCUCAGCCGGGCUAUGGUCAGGCUGGCUUCAACCGGCCUGGUUGGAAUGCCCCAGUACAGCCUGCAGGUCAACCAGGCUACCAUUAUGGCCAGAACAAUCCAGGAUACGGUGGCUAUGGUGGCGGCUAUGGUGGUGGCUAUGGUGGCGGCUAUGGUGGAGGCUAUGGUGGCUCUGGGGGAUUUGGAGGCUUUGGUCAGUCUCCGGGAUUUGGUAGGGGCGGCUCUGGAUUUGGGGGUUUCGGCGGCCAGGGUUUCGGCGGGCAGGGUUUCGGCGGCCAGGGCUACGGCGGCUACAAGCCGCGCAGCAACCUGCCCUACUGGGCGAUGGGCGCCGUGGCUGGCUACGGCCUCUACCGCUUCGGGAGGUUCACCGGCUCAAUGGACCAGCAGCACCACCACCACCACUAUCACCACGACAACACCGGCAGGAGGAUCGACUCCUCUGCCGACGGAAGGGGCACGCCAGGGGCUGGUGCCGGUGGGAAGCCAUGGAUUCCCACCUACCCCAAUGGCACCGAUCUUCCUCUCGAAGAAAUCGGUCCGUUUGGCCCGAUAUUCUUUGAGGAGCCGACGGACACGUUGUAUCCAGAGGAUUCGCCGGAAAAAACCGUGACCCUACGCUGCCUUGCCAAGUCAAAUCCACCCGCUACGUACAGAUGGCGUCACAAUGGCACGGAGAUCAAGUGGAAUAAGAGAUACAGCCUGGAGGGCGGAAACCUGGUGAUCUCGGACCUAGACAGGGACCAGGACGCGAGCACCUUCCAGUGCCUGGCCACCAACCGCUUUGGCACCCUUGCCAGCAAACAAGCCACGCUAAAGUUCGCCCAUCUGGACCGGUUCCCAUCGGAGGAGCGGGGCCCUCUGCGCGUGCGGCUGCAGAACAGCCUGGUGCUGCUGUGCAACCCCCCGUCCCACUACCCAGACGUCGAGUACCAGUGGCUGCUCAACGAGUUCCCGGAGCUGGUGCCACAGGACGAGCGGCGCUUCGUGUCGCAGCAGACGGGCAACCUGUACAUCGCGCGGGUUGAGGCCAGCGACGCCGGGCGCUACGCCUGCCUCUUGCGCAGCACGCUCGGCCGCCACAGCCCCAACGUCAACAUCUUCAGCGCCUUCGCGGCCCUCGAGAUACGGCGUGACUCCCCCAUGAUGAGCUUGCUGCCGCGCAUCGAGGUGAAGCUACCGGCGGAAACGGUGGUGCUCAAGGGAGAUAACCUACGCCUCGAGUGCUUCGCUCUUGGGAACCCCGUGCCAAGCAUCUCGUGGCAACGCAAGGACGGGCGGCUGCCGGAUCGCACACGCCUCUCGGUGAGUGCCGCCGUGCUGGAGGUGGCGGACGUGACCCACGAGGACGAGGGAGUCUACGUGUGCAACGCCACCAACGCUCUGGGCAGCGUCCUCUCCGAGGGGCACAUCACCGUACAAGCUCAGCCAGAGUUUGUGUUUGGACUGGACAACAUAAUGGCAGAUGUGGACCAGGACCUGAACUGGACAUGCAAAGCCAAGGGGAGGCCUGCACCAACCUAUCAGUGGCUCAAGAAUGGGGAGCCAAUCGCCCCUCUGGCGGGCAAGGUGUUGGUGGCCGAAGGGGAGCUGAACAUCGUGAACCUGAACGUCGGCGACUCGGGCAUGUACCAGUGUGUCGCCAAGAAUGAACACGGCAUCAUCUACUCCAACGCGGAGCUCAGGGUGCUGGCCUCGAAACCAGAGUUCGACCCCAAUCCGCUAUCCCGCGUGGUCCAGAGCGCCUUGGGGGGCAAGGCCAUUGUCCCGUGCCUGCCCCAGGCUGCCCCCAAGCCGAACAUCACCUGGAGCCGUGGGACGGAGCUGCUGCACGUGCACAGCCGGAUGUCCGUGCUUGAAGACGGGAGUCUGGUGAUCCCAGAUCUGCGCAGAACGGACCAGGGCAACUACACGUGCUUCGCUGAAAACAAACUGGGCAAGGCCAACGCCACGUUCACCCUGCUCGUCAAAGACGCGACCAUGAUCAAGCUGGCCCCGAAGGACACGCGCGUCACCGUGGGGGAGAACGCCACGCUGCUGUGCCGCGUGUCGCACGACCGCACGCUCGACGUCGCCUUCCUGUGGCUCCACAACGGAUACCCCCUCGACACCGUGUCGCCCGAGUCGCCCUUCCGCCGCAUCUCAGCGGACAAGGGCACAGGAGACAUUCGGAUAAUACACGUGCUGCUUUACCACGCUGGAAACUACACCUGCCUGGCACACACUGCAGCUGACAGUGUGAUGGCCCAUGCAGUACUGCUCGUCAGAGGGCCCCCCGGCCCGCCGGGCGGGGUGAUCGCGGACAACGUCACCGCCAACACGGCGACGGUGGCGUGGAGCCCUGGCACGGACAACGACAGCCCAAUCACGCGCUACGUCAUCCAGGGCCGGCCCGUGGGCACCUUCAAGUGGAAAGACCUUGUCACAGCUCCACAGGAGAUCGAAGGAAACGUAGACACGGCGAGGGUGGAGGGUCUCCGGCCGUGGCUGGACUACGAGUUCCAUGUCAUCGCCAUCAACACGCUUGGCUUCGGGGAGCCGAGCCAGCCCUCCCGCCCGGUCCGCACGCUGCCUGACGUACCGACCACUGCUCCGUUCGGCAUCACCGGUGGUGGAGGGAGACACCGGGAGCUCACCAUCACGUGGACCCCGGUUUCCCGGGAGUACCAUUACGGCCCAGGCUUCGGCUACGUCGUCGCUUUCCGGCCCAACGGCACGGUCACCUGGACGGAGACUCUCGUGCCGGACCCGGACUCGGCGCGUUACGUGCACCCCAACGCCAGCUCCUUGCCCUACAUGCCCUUUUACGUCAAGGUUCGAGCCUUCAACCAGAAGGGGGAUGGGCCCUACAGUCACGUGGCCCUCGUCUACUCGGCCGAGGACGAGCCGACUCGGGCGCCCGAGGGCGUGCACGUCAGGGGCACGUUGGCCUCCCAAAUCUCGCUGGCAUGGGAGGAAGUGCCACCUGAAUCCUUCACCGGAAAGCUGCUGGGCUACGAGAUCCGCUACUGGAAGAAGGGCGAGGUGGAGGAGUCGGCGGACCACGUGAAGACGGAAGGAGACGACAUAGCUGCGCACGUGUCUGGCCUGCAGCCGUCCAGCACCUACCUACUCAACGUGCGCGCCUAUAACGGAGCGGGCUCGGGGCCGCCCAGCGACACCGUCAACGCCACCACGCAGCCCUCGCCUCCUCAGGAGGUGCCGGUGAUCAAGAUGAAGAGCCAGCAGGAGUUGACCGUCGUCCUGGCCUGGAGUCCCAUAAAAGCACACUCCAAUGAGUCAACCCUUACUGGCUACAGGGUCGUGUAUUGGUCCAUGAACCAGCGGCCGAUCGAGCGUCACGACUUCAUAACCCAGGAGACGACGGUGCCUCUCAAGGUCAAGGUGGCGGGCGACUACAUGGUGGAGACGCGGGCGAUGAGCGUCGGCGGGGAAGGGCCGCCCGGACGCUUCAACUUCUCCAUCGCGGAUGUUGAAAGAAGGAUCAAUCAGGAAACCAAAUCGCAAGUUCAAGAAGCGAAUCCCGGUGGAGGAGGACAAGUGGCUGCAGCAUCUUUCUGGGGAGCCUUGAUGGCUUGCGCCAUUCCUCUCCUUUCCUCCGCCCUCCUGCUGGGAUCUUCGUGAAGACGUCCCCUGAGCACCACCCUCUUCCCCCCCCCCCCCACAACAUCUCCCUCUCCCCCCCACAGCAUCUCCCUCCCUCUUAGUGUCUCCAUCGUCCCUGUAACCCCCACCAACGUUCACACCCCCCUGUCGUUCCAUCGUCUCCCGCUCCUUCUUCGCACGCCGCACUUUCAACGCGCACGCUCGCCCACACUAACCAAGAUACAACCCGCACGGUCCCCACACUAACCCAGAUACAACGUGCACGCUCGCCCACACUAACCCAGAUACAACGUGCUCGCUCGCCCACACUAACCCAGAUACAACGUGCACGCUCGCCCACACUAACCCAGAUACAACGUGCACGCUCGCCCACACUAA